AACAAAACUUCUCCAUACCAAGAGAAUGCAAUCUGUAAUAUCUCUUGCUAAGUGUUCUUUGCUAAUGGAUUUUUUUUUUCCCCAUAAACUGUAGGGUUGGCAAUGAAAUACCCUGCAGAAAAAGAGAGGAUUAUUUGGAGUGGCCUGAAUAUUUCAUGGCAGUUGCUUUUUUGUCAGCACAAAGAAGUAAGGAUCCAAAUUCUCAGGGAGCUGAACUGACAAAACCUGUGCUUAGUAGGGUUGGUGCUUGCAUUGUAAAUUCAGAAAACAAGAUUGUUGGAAUUGGAUACAAUGGGAUGCCUAAUGGCUGCAGUGAUGAUGUACUACCCUGGACAAGAACAGCAGCACACAGACUAGACACGAAAUAUCCCUAUGUGUGCCAUGCUGAAUUGAAUGCCAUCAUGAACAAAAACUCAGCUGAUGUGAAAGGCUGCAGCAUGUAUGUUGCCUUAUUUCCAUGUAAUGAAUGUGCAAAACUCAUCAUCCAGGCAGGCAUAAAAGAAGUUAUUUUUAUGUCAGACAAGUAUCAUGACACUACUGAAAUGACAGCUGCACGACGCAUGUUUGAUUUAGCUGGAAUUAUAUAUAGGGAAUUCAAGCCGAAGUGUAACAAGAUCACCAUUGACUUUGAUUCAAUUAACAGCAGACCAAGUCAAAAGCUUCUCUGAAUUAAGUCUCAUUAAAUCUGUAGAAGACUGUGAUUAUCCUUUUCUAAAGAGCUGCUAUUGCCUUUCAUCUUGAAGUUAUUUGCAACUUUUUAAUGGCUUCUACAGCUAAAGUAGACUUCUAAGAA